CAAUUCCACAGUGGCCCGCCUCCUUUAGCAUGUCGACCGAUCGAAGCAGAAGUAAAAAGCUCGAGAUAUUGCGAUAAUGGCGGCAGCGCUAGAAGUUUCUAACAACGGAUUGAAAAUGGAUACAGCGACACAGGCGUACCUGGAAAGCAAUCCAGUGAAGGAAACCAGAGCCUUGAUAUCGGAGCUUUGCCGUCUAUUUUACAACCUCGGUUGGGUAUCGGGGACUGGUGGCAGUAUCACUAUUAAGGUCCACGAUGAAUCUAUCUCCAAGUCUCAGCAACUCAUCCUCAUGUCCCCAUCUGGUGUACAGAAGGAAAGGAUGGUUCCUGAAGACAUGUAUGUGCUUUCUCCAAAUGGGUCAAUUUUAUGGUCACCUUCUCCAAAGCCAUACCCUCACAAGCCUCCUAAAUGUUCUGACUGUGCAUCUCUCUUCAUGAAGGCUUAUGACAUGCGCAAUGCUGGUGCUGUUAUCCACAGUCAUGGGAUGGAAUCUUGUCUUGCAACAAUGAUCGACCCAUUAGCAAAGGAGUUUAAAAUCAGUCAUAUGGAGAUGAUAAAAGGAAUUCAAGGGCAUGGCUACUAUGAUGAGCUUGUCAUCCCAAUAAUAGAGAACACUGCACAUGAGCGCGAACUCACAGAGUCUCUUGCUGAAGCUAUUGCAGCGUAUCCGAAAACAACGGCAGUUCUGGUUAGGAACCAUGGAAUCUAUGUAUGGGGAGAUACUUGGAUCAGUGCAAAGACUCAGGCUGAGUGCUACCACUAUUUGUUUGAAGCUGCUCUUAAACUUCACCAAAUGGGUUUGGAUUGGUCUUCUCCAAGUCAUGGUCCUAUUACCAAUCACCAUAGGAUAAACGGGUCAGUUAAAGAAGGAGCUCUAACAAAUGGUUCAAUUGAGUCAUCACGGCGAUGUAUUGUUUUGGAUAUUGAAGGAACUACGACACCGAUAUCAUUCGUAGCUGAUGUCCUCUUUCCAUAUGCCCGAAAUAAUGUGCGAAAGCAUUUAGAGGCUACAUAUCUCACGGAAGACACUCAAAAUGAUAUUAAGUUGUUGCGAUCACAAGUGGAGAACGAUUUGAAGCAAAAUAUCCCUGGUGCAGUGGCAAUCCCAUCUGAUGAUUCUGUAAAAGAAGAAGUUAUUGCAGCUGUGGUUGCUAACGUGGAAGCGAUGAUAAAAAGUGACAGGAAAAUAACUGCCUUAAAGGAACUGCAGGGUCAUAUAUGGAAAACCGGAUUCCAGAAUAAGGAAUUAGAGGGUGUGGUUUUCAAUGAUGUACCCAAAGCACUUGAGAAAUGGCAUUCAAUGGGCAUCAAGGUGUAUAUAUAUUCAAGUGGCAGCAGAUUGGCCCAGAGGCUGUUGUUUGGGCACACAAAUUAUGGAGACUUAAGGAAGUAUUUGUGCGGUUAUUUUGAUACGACUGUAGGGAACAAGAAGGAGACAAAAAGUUAUGUUGAAAUUUCAGAAUCUCUUGGAGUAGACAAUCUAUCUGAAAUUUUGUUUGUGACUGAUGUUUAUCAGGAAGCUCUAGCAGCUAAGACGGCUGGGUUUGAGGUGAUAAUCUCUUUGCGGCCUGGGAAUGAACCUCUUCCAGAAAAUCAUGGGUUCACGACAAUAAACUCCUUCUCGGAAAUAUGAUGAACAAACUCUCUUCAGACAAGUAGUUCUCAACUUUAGCUUGUUUCUGAAUACUUUUGCUCAUGGAUAUUAUUUGGUGCCAUUUUUAGAAACCCAUGUUUGCUGCCUUUCGGCUUUGUAUGAAGUUUCUGUAAGUCAUUAUAAAUAAUCAAUUGCACUACCCAUGGGAUGACAUAUAGCAAAAAAAAAUUGAAAUCAAAUGUAUGAAGGAUUGUUUAAUUUGGGUUGUUUUGCUUGUAAAAUUUCAAGGUUCUUGUUCCUUUGUUUAGAAUUAAUUGAUCAUUUA